AUGUUAAGACGAUCAUCAACAAUUAAUGAUGAAGAUCAAAAAUCUUUCUCAUUGAAAAAACGUUGGUUAGCACAUCAUCAUGAUGAUCAACAACAAUUUAAUAAUAAUAAUAUUAAUAAUAAAAAUUAUUUAUCUGAAAUAAAUAAAUUAUUAGGUGAAUAUAAUUUUCAAGAUUGGAGAACAAUAACAGUUCUUGUUGAAAUAAAUUCUAAUCAAUAUAUAUCAGGUAAAAUAAAAAAUAUUGGUUUAAAUGGUUAUUUAUCUAUACAACCAAAUAUAUAUUCAUAUGAUAAAUUAAUUCAAAUAAAUAUUUAUGAAAAUUUUUUUGGAAUUUUAUCGGAUAAUGCACCAGCAAUUCAAGAUUUAGUUGAAGGAAAAUAUAUUUUAUGUCAAAAUCAAUUAAAUAAUCAAA